AUGGUCUCUCUCGGAAUCAAUACUGCUGGCCGUCUCGCUGGCUUCUGGGCUGGCUUCUGGGCUGGCUUCUGGGCUGGCUUCUGGGCUGGCUUCUGGGCUGGCUUCUGGGCUGGCUUCUGGGCUGGCUUCUGGGCUGGUUCUCGGACUGGCAGCUUCGCUGGAUUCCUACUCUUCUAUCACCUGCCAAUCGGGGUCGCACCCAUCACAUCGUGCCUCACUGGUGACCGAACCAUAAUCGUGAUCCCCACAAUGGGAUCGCUGGUAUCCAUCUACCACGCCAUCCAAAUACCCGUCCAAAACGACCCGCCGGCAUGGACUGGCUGA